AUGGAAGAGAAAACCAAGUUGCCCGUUAAAAGGGUCAAAUACACCGAGCACUUGAGCCGGACCACGGCCGUUGCAAGGCCGAAUUCCAUUUCCAUGGGAGAAAAGCCUUCUCCCUGUGAGACGUCCGUUAGGACGGUGCGGAUUUCCGUCACCGACGCCGACGCCACAGAUUCCUCCGGCGAUGAGGAGCUCGGCGGCGUCGGAAGGCGAAGAGUGAGGAGAUUUGUCCACGAGGUCAGGAUACGGCCUUCCGGUGGCGGAGAAUACGGCGGCCCGACCUGCCGCCGCCGCGGCGCGUCCAGGCGGAGGGCACCGAGGGAUAUGCCGGCGCCGGCGGUGGAAGCCCGGAAGUACAUCGGCGUGCGGCGGAGGCCGUGGGGGAAGUGGGCGGCCGAGAUCCGGGACCCCAAGCGGCGCGUGCGGCUGUGGCUCGGCACGUACGAGACGGCGGAGGAGGCCGCUAUGAUGUACGACCACGCGGCCGUCCAGCUGCGUGGACCAGACGCGCUCACGAACUUCUCGGCCCCUCCUCAACCGGAGAAGGACAACAUAAGAUGCGUGUACAACACCGAUGACCCGACGUCGCCGAAAUCUGUACUCCGGUUCGUUUCGAUGCCGCAGUCCCAACCCGUACCCGUACCCGAAGCCGAUUCGGGUCCCACUUUAUCCUCUGCCCAAGACGACGCCGUUUCGAAUAACGAGAAUCUCGAGGGUUUUGCGAUUUUUCCGCUGGGUGAAGAUUUGUUUGGGGACUUGGAAAACCCGAUGUCCGUACCCGAUUUGCUUGGUAAAACGGAUCAGGCUGGCGAUUGUUUGGGACCCAGUGAUUGGGAUUGUUGGGACAGUAUGAUUAGCGGGUCAAAUUUCGACCCGGAUUUCGGUGUCGGAUCGUCCAUGUGGCAAGCUGAGGACUGCUUUCAAGACUUUGCUGACGUUUUCGGGUCGGAUCCUCUCGUUGCCCUUUCAGGAUUUUGA